AUGGACGUCACAGGAGAGGACGAGUGGAGUGACUGGGAAGACGAGGACAUUCCUGCCCGAAGCCUUUUUGAGGACAAACUCCUGCCAUCCGCGAAGGAGGCCUUGAAGUACGACAGCGGCACGUACGACUUCGACCUUUUCGCACUCAGAACUAAACUCGGCCUCGAUUUUUACGGCUGCGUCAAGCUUGUCAACUACGUCCGCACCGAGGUCUCCUCCGCCUCGGGCGGCGGGCGAAAGGACGUAGCGGCGGGCAUCGAAGCUGCUGUCAUCGCCAGCAAGGGGGAGGCCUUUGCAGACGAGAGGUUCCUACGACCAGCUCUGGAGGAUGACGCUCUUCUCCUGUCUCUUGAAGAGCUCUUGCUUCAGGGAGACAACCAAGACAACGACGAGGAUGAUGCCACUACCGCUCCAGAAUCAGGAGUUCAAGAGCACAAGGGGGGCGUUCUCGAUGACGCAACAGCAGCAUCAAGAGCGGGCGAAGGAGCAACAAGGACGGGACCGUCAUCGGUGACUUUGGGGGAGCCUGCAGAGGGGGGAAACGCCCUCGAUGUCUCCGCAGCGGCAGCGGCGAGAAUAUCGGAGCUGGAGAUGGAGAACGCGAGACUGAGGGAGGCGUUGCAGGCGGCGGACGCACGAAUGGCCGGGGCCAAUCGAGUGCUGCGGAGUCUUGCGGGGGGGGAGGCGGAGGGGGGGGAGGGUAGCGAUGAGGAGGGUUCGGUCGCUGGGGUGGACAACGAUUCUUAUUACUUCAGGGGCUACGCGCACUGGGGUGUCCAUGAGACCAUGCUCACGGACACGGUGCGGACGGGGGGGUACGAGCGCGCCAUCUGCGACAACGCAGCGUUCUUCAAGGAUAAGGUGGUGCUGGACGUGGGGUGCGGCACGGGAGUGCUGAGCUGCUUCGCCGCGCGGGCAGGGGCCCGUAAGGUUAUCGGCGUGGACCGCAGCGACAUCGUGGUCAAGGCCAGGGAAGUGGUGCGAGCGAACGGGUUCGACGGCGUCGUGACUCUGGUGCAGGGAAAAGUGGAGGACGUCGACAUCGGCGUGAGCAAGGUGGACAUCAUCAUCUCCGAGUGGAUGGGCUACUGCCUCUUCUACGAGAGCAUGCUCCCUAGCGUCCUGGCCGCCCGCGACAAGUACCUCGCCAAAGGAGGCGUUAUGCUCCCCGACAGGACGCCUCUCUUUAUCCAGGGCUGGAGGGAUCCGGACGGGCGGCUGCAGUUCUGGGACAACGUCCACGGGCUGGACUACUCGAGCAUGGCCGACCUCCCGCUAGACGAGGCAUCCGUCGAGGUGGUAGGCCGGUCCGACAUGGUCACGGAGCGGUGUCUUUGCCGGGACUUCAACCACGAGACCGUGGAGGACGAGGAUCUGGACUUCGAGGCGCCCUUCGAGAUGGUCGUUACCAAGCCGGGCACCGUGAGCGGCCUCGUGGUGUCCUUCGACACCGGCUUCUUCGCGAAAUCGGAUCCGCCGCCACCCUCGCCGCCCUGCCCCCCUGACGCAGGUAUCAGCGGCACCGGUGCCGAGGCCAAGGCGGGCGGAAAGGAACAGUCAACGCCGCCGCCGUCGACGGCGACGAUGACGGUGGCGAGCUGGUUCUCGACGGGGCCGGAGAGUCGCCCCACCCACUGGAAGCAGACCCUGCUGUGGCUGCGGCCGUCGGAGAAGCCAGAGGGGCUGGCGGAAGGCGACGCCAUCGCCGGGAGGCUGUCGCUGCACCGGAACGAGGUCAACCCGAGGGAGCUUGGCCUUACGGUCACGUGGACCGCCACGCAGCAGAGCACGGGGCGGACGUUCGGGGGAACGCAGAAGUACUCGGUUUGCUGAGGGCGGCCGGGAGGGGGAGGGUAGAAGACGGGCGCGAGUCAUGUGAUGCAAGAGUGCAGACGGUCCACUUGACUGACCUAGGCUUCGACUUAUCCGAGAACUACAUGGAGACGGUCAUGAAUGAGGCCAGCAAGGGGUUCUGGAAUGCUCCAUCUCGCGGAGAGGUGUACUGCCACGGGAAGUGGAGCGGUUUGCUCUCGGCUUGUCGUCUCCUGUCGGGUGCAGCUGGCCUAUCUAAUUAACUUGGACACCUUGUGGCGCCUCGGUUAGGAACUCGAAUUUCGGCGAAAGGAACUUUUCUCACAUUUCUUGCUUAUCAUAUAUACGGGUCCCAUCUAUCCUACGGAGUGGGCGAGAGGUUGUGGAUCCGCCACGGUCUGUAUGUGCGUCUCAGGUCUAAGCCCCUGCUCGUCCGCCGCGGUGGUGAUGGGUUAUUACAUGGGUUAUUACCGUAGUGUUUCGGGCGUGGUUUGUGGUGGUCGUGCUGGCCCCGCCCGCAGCAGGGGUUGGGUUCGUUGUUUCUCUUCCUGGUCUUGGUCUCGUUGGCCUGGUUGGUAUUCGCCAUGUCGAUGACUAGAGGUAGCGUCUUGAUCGUAGUGGAUGCCAACCUUGUAUCUUACGGGGCUGAAGGGUUCGUAAAUCGUGGAUUGUAUCCCCCCACUGUUCUAGGUAGUCGUCUGUUCCUUCGGUGUUCUGUAGGCGAGUAAGUGCCGAGCUGCUCAAGCGUGGCUUGACUAGGGAGGGUACAGUGAGAGUGAGCUUGAGGGGGAGCCACCGUGGACCCCACCUCAAGCUCAAGGUGGCGCUGACCGUCCUUCGCAGAGACUGGAAUCCACCUCUCUUGAAGGUAUAACGGACGUAGUACGAGUUUCGCGCGGCUUUACUGGUGUGCAUGUAUGUGUGGAAUAUUCAGGGAAACUUUU